UUUGCCAUCGCCCCUUUGAUAAGGCCGGGUCUUGUCCUCUUUCGACAGAGUGACUGCGCCAUUUUAUCUCCUCGUUUCUUCUGAUUUGCUACAUCGUUACUCUUUUCCAUCUCCCCCCUAUCUCGCAGUCCCCUAAAUACCCUAAUUCCGUCCGGUUUGACCCCCCAGGCGAUUUCGACCCAAUUCACCGAUCCGCCCUGGCACCACCACGCCACCCAGUCAAUGACGGUCCGUCCUCCAAACGCCGGAGAUUGAUCUCCUCUACAGCCCUAGGAAAAAGAUCUCUCACUGCGACCGAUCCAAUUUCCGGGUUCAUGUCGUCCUUGUCGAGUUCCGUCUCCUCAGCCUCGUCCAAUCCAGCCGCCACUCACGCCUCGGCUUUCUCCGCCCCCGAACGUACCGCGACCAGACCCCAUGCGAAUUCAUACGGCGGCAUAGGGGCCGGCGAGGCCGGCCCUUCUGCCCCUUCGGACAGACGUGCGGAGAGAAGGCGGUCUACCCUUUCUGGCUCCGACAGGAAGAGAAGGCUGGUGCAAGACGGAGAUGCUUGGUUGAGACGUGCGGCAUCUGGGGAUGAUGCCCUGGAGGCCGGACCCAGUAGGAGACCGUCGGAUUUGAAUAGCAGGUCUAUUUCGAGCGGAUCGUCGCAUCCCAGGCGAGAUCCUGCCAUGCCCGGCGCUUCUUACGCCACGGCCAUCGAUCUGUCGUCGUCUUCACCACCCCAGCACCACCCCCAUCCUCCGACCGGCGAGCGGUGGAGUUCGUGGGCUCGCACGGGAAGCAACUAUCUGGAGUAUAUACGCCCGCGCUGGCAGCCUGACACGGAGGUGACGGAAUGUCCCAUCUGCGGCAUCCCUUUCAGUUUCUGGUACCGAAAACACCACUGUCGAAAGUGUGGGCGGGUGGUUUGCUCGUCAUGCUCACCGCAUCGGAUCACCAUUCCGCGACAGUUCAUUGUGCGGCCGCCAGACUCUCGUCGCCCAUCAGUGGCGCCCUUGGUCCCCCCUCGCGCAGCUCAGCUCUUUGAUCCGGACACAAACGCCAACGCCAACGCUGCCAUCAACCCGGCGCUGGGAGGCGGCGAGGAGGUGCGCCUUUGCAACCCGUGCGUGCCCGAUCCUAACCCGGACCCCCCACGUGGAUAUACCACCGUGCGACCUUACCCAGGUCAACCGAACCAAUCUCGACAUCGAUCCUACCAUUCGCUGUCGAUUCCCAGCAGAUCGUCGUACGGUUCAACUCAUGACAACUUCUCUUCGCGACCGAGCCGCAGAACCGUCGGGUCGAAUGACUAUUCGUCUACUCUUGCCAGCUUAGGAGGCUCGCUUGGGUCUCGAUUCUCGGAGCGUCCGGUGGACUACGGGUCCAUGUCCGGGCGUUACCCUCCGUCGAUGGGCGUACCUGCACAUGUUGUUUACCCUCCGCAAAGCUCUAGGCCACCGUCGUCGUUUGACACACGAUCCGCUGCACACGAUCGUCGCCGCGUCCACGAGCGCGAUCUCUGUCCGAUCUGCGAUCACGAACUUCCUCCCUUAGGCGCCAACGGGAACGAGGAUAUACGAGAAGCCCACAUCCGGGAAUGUAUCGACAGUCACGGUCGACAGCCGGGCUCGCCCUCGCAAAGCGGCAGUCCGGUCUCGCAGCCCGUCCUCCCGGUGCGCAUGAUCGCUUUUACGGCGACGGAGAAAGACUGCCUAGGCCAUGACGGUUCCACGCAGGAAUGCACCAUCUGCAUGGAGGACUACGAGGUCGGGCAGGCGCUGGUACGGCUCGAGUGCCUCUGCAAGUUCCACAAGCGGUGCAUCGUCGAAUGGUUUGAGCGGAAGAAGGAGUGUCCUGUGCAUAAGGUGUCAUGAUUUGCUCUGGGCGAUGGCUAUCUGCUUUCACCCUGCUUUCUGCUGUCUGUUUUCUCUUUUGGCUACUCUCACUGGAUAUUGAGUACAUGGCGUUGAACGCGGCAGGCUUCCGCGCUGGUUUCCUAUCAGACAGCGAGACUGUUUUGCUUAGAAUCGGUCCAACUUAGCGGUGUUUUCAUGGCGUCUGCGUUGACGCGGGAUCUGCCCAUAUGUCUGCGAGCUAUUUGGGAGGAGAUUCUCUACUCUGUUCGGUAUUUCCGCUAGCACUACAAUAUUAACUAAAUGUUUACC